CGCUUCUUACCCUUCCGGAAGUGCGUGGCUCUGAGGAAAUAUGGCGCACAGAACAUUACACAUACCGACAGUAUUUAUUGCUUCAGUCUACUCCUUUACCUCGUUCUGCUUGUCUGUUAUGGUCGCGUUUGCAGCAUUUGAAACAGUAAACACUGACAAUGUGUUCAGCGCAAGUCACACAGCCACUGUGUCCGUCGCUGCCGCUAGGGAACUGCGGUACCUUUUGUAUGACGUAAACCCCCCGGAGGGUUUCAAUCUGCGGAGAGAUGUUUACAUCCGCAUGGCCUCCUUGGUGAAGACUUUGAGGAAGGAGGGGGAUGACUGGGUAUUGGUGCUUCCCCCAUGGGGUCGCCUUUACCACUGGCAGAGCCCCAACCUCUACCAGGUUCGCAUCCCGUGGGGAGAGUUCUUCAGCCUCACUAGCCUGCAGGCCAAUGUGCCUGUCAUUGAGUAUGAAGAAUUCAUCGCUGAGAAUGGAGGCCCAUUCAUUGACCAGGUUCUGGUACUGCAAAACUAUGCUGAAGGAUGGACUGAUGGUAAAUGGGAGGAAAAAGUUGAUGAGCGGCCGUGCAUUGAGAAGUUGAUGUACUCCAAAGAUAAACAGGGAUACUACAGGGGCUGGUUUUGGGGCUACGAGGAGACGAGGGCUCGUAAUGUGAAGUGCAUAUCAGCCCAAGGUCAUGCCUCCAUCAUGGCCCCAGUUCUUCAGAAAAACAUCACAGUGACAUCAGUAAUGCUUGACCGAGCAGAGACGCUCCUCCAUGAUCACUAUGCCGGGAAGGAUUACUGGGAUACCCGACGCAGUAUGGUUUUUGCCAAACACCUGCGACUCAUAGGAGAUGACUUCAGAGUAAAGUACCUUAACUCUACAGAUGACAGCGACCAUACCAUUUACAGUGAGGACUGGACUCGCAUGAAAGCCAAGCUGGGCUCAGCUAAAGGUGGUCCAUAUCUUGGGGUCCACCUACGUAGGAAGGACUUUAUCUGGGGUCACAGAGAGGAUGUACCCAGCCUUAAGGGGGCAGUCACAAAAAUGCGCAACUUAAUGAAGAAGCACAAACUUGACAAGGUGUUUGUUGCGACAGAUGCAGAUGGGGAAGAACUGAAGGAGCUUAAGAAGUUGUUGCCAGAAAUGGUGCGGUUUGAGCCAUCAACAGAGGACCUGGAGCUCCUUAAAGAUGGAGGGGUGGCCAUCAUUGACCAGUGGAUAUGUGCUCAUGCGAGAUUCUUCAUUGGAACAUCGGUGUCGACCUUCUCUUUUCGGAUCCAUGAAGAGAGGGAGAUCCUGGGUUUUGACCCUAAAACUACAUACAAUCGUUUCUGUGGGGACACUGAGAAAGAAUGUGAACAGCCCACACAUUGGAAAAUUGUUUAUUGAUGCAACCUUUGACUUUGCUGACACUCACGCAAGUGCCAAAAGCUGUGAGAUUUAUUUGUAUGGAAUAUAGAUGAUAUUUUCACAGCUUUAUGGUGUAUUUUGCUUUUACUUUUUGUAGUUUCAGAGUUGUGCAAUCAGGUCUGAAGUGACCAAUGUGACUGAAGCUUAUGUUGAAGACUGCCAGAUGUGUAUUACUGUAACAUUCGACAAGUAAAUCUACAAAUGUUUUGUAGGUUUUAUGUUGACUGUGUAUCUUUCAUGACAGCCUGAUAUUUUAUAUGAUUAUUGAUAGUUGUUACUGACGCCAGCACCACUGGUGAGAAAAAAAGUGAUAUAAUGACUGCCGCCGACAGUGUUGUGUUGUAUGAGUAUUCUCAGUGUAACUUUUUUUUAAUGACACUAUAUAAGUAAGACGCACCAUUCACAGGUCAUGAACAUAGUAUUAACAUAAUGCGUUUUCAACUAAAGUUGCCCUGAAGAGUUUUGAUAAACCAAAUUUGUUUACAUUUAUUGUUUCUUAUCAAAAUGCAUUGUGGUUGACUGUUGAAAAAACAAUAAAAAACAAUAAAAAACAAAUAUUAUUUAAGUCACCAUUUACAAAACUGGCAACUUGAGAAAAGUCGUUUACUUUACACAAUCAGUAUAUUCAUAUUCAUGAAAAAAUGUUUUGUAAUAUUAAAAUUGCUACAUUCUAAAGAAAAUUUAAAAGGUAAUCAAGUAAACCUUGACAAUGUAAUUACUUGCCAAACUUAGCCAGACAUAUCUCCAUGGUGCUGUGUUAGCACUGGAGAAAGGUACAGCUACACCCUUUAUCAUUCUAAUAUAGAGGAAAAAUUGUUCUGGCAACCACUGUAGCUCUGCAAAACUGUUAUUGGGAACUUGUUUUGCACAUGGAGACACUGGCCCUUUCAUUGAAAUAGCUUAAUCACAACAAAAGAAAAGGUAACAGCUGCUAACUUGUUAAGGUUCACAGCAUUAAGUUAAUUAAGUUAGGUUUAGUACAACUUGCCAGUUUCAGCAUGUUGGUUGCGAGCUUGGCAGUUGUUGUUUCUAGCAGCAACAGGAAAAGGCUAGUAUGCCUAAUCUAAUUACACAUUUUUCAGAUGUAAUCUGAUCUGACUAUAGUUCAUUGUUUUGUGCAGUCUGAUUAUGUAAUUUCUAUUACACAUAAUUCAUUUCCACUUGUCCCUGGUCUCACUCCAUUCACAAAAGCCCUGCCCCAUAGGGCUGAUGGUGGUCAAAAGCUCCAUGAUGCACCUUGAAAACGGAAGGCCAGGCAGAGCCCAACAGUUCCCAUUUUAUGAUUUGGUAAAAGGAAAUGUAUUUCUCUUCUGCUUCCACUGUAUUUCGGUGUUUCUGUGGAAUAACUUCCCUCUCUUAUAUUUUUACACAAUGCCAGUAUCAAGAUUUGUUACAUAGGAUUAUAUUAAAGUGUUUCGCUGUUUCAGCCACAGACAAUAUCCUUUAUUUGGCAUGAAUUAUUAUGGAGUUACUGCUAAUGAUAGUACUACUGAAAGAAAUUAAAAUGCCAUAAAGGAACCACUGUGUCUUUUCAACACAAGCCAACAGUCAAGUUGUUAUCUUACAUUAUACUCUGUUUUUUUUUCCAUUCUUGAGCAUAUACACAUUUUGAUUAAAAUUUGUAUGGUGUGA